AUGCCCCACGCUCCAAGCGCCACCACGCUCCAAACGCACAGCACCAGUCCACGCAUGGUGCCAGGGGCGCGCACGGCAGCAGUCAGAGGAGAGAGACGUCCUACAGAAGCUCGGUUUGGGUCAGCGCAGAGCCGUGUGCAGUGGUGCCAUGUGGAUCACUGUAGACGCGCGCAGAGGAACGGGAGAUCAUCGCAUGCUGCUGGUUUAGCACAGAAUGAACCGCUCCAGAUUUGGGGAGGCGGGCGGCGCGCUGAGGGGGUGGGGUGGACGAGGAGGCUGUCCAAUCACAACGCGUCUACAGGUGAAGCCCACUCUUUGUCCGUCAGGUCUCGUUUGUCCUAA